CCGAUAGAUCGUCACCAGAGUCAGAGCAGCACAGACAGCUGGAACCAGCCAACACUUUACACAACAAACCUGCUCAGAGGCUCCCUGAGAAGUCACACGUUAGUUUGCUCGGACAACUCUUAAACAGUUGGAUCUUAUGGCUGAGAGUGAGGAUAUAUUUCUCAGGGCGAAACAUCGGACUUUCAGCGGACUAACUGAAGAUGCGGAGCGCGAGUGGACGGGACCAUUUUACUUCAUCCAGGCCGCGGACCCCCAGCUCGGGCUGAUGAAGGCCUGGAGAGACGGCGACUGCGACGGUGGAGGGGACGAAUGGGCCGAGGAGGUGGAGCUCACCAAGCAGGCCGUGCAGGCCGUCAACCAGCUCCGACCCAGGCCGAGGUUCAUGGUGCUGUGUGGCGACCUGGUCCAUGCCAUGCCUGACACCCCGUUCAGAGAAGGUCAGGAGCGAGACCUGAAGGCGGCCUUGACGGGGACAGAUCCCUCCAUCCCGCUGGUGUUUGUCAGUGGAAACCAUGACCUGGGCAACACCCCCACCCCCAGGACACUGGAGCAGUACUGCACUGCUUGGGGGAACGACUAUUUUAGCUUCUGGGUGGGUGGAGUCCUCUGCCUGGUUCUGAACUCCCAGUUGUUCUACGACGCCUCGGCCUGCCCUCAGCUGAAGGAGGCCCAGGAGACGUGGCUGGAGGAGCAGCUGAGCAGAGCCUCCUCCUCAACGGAACCCAAACCCAAACACGUCCUGGUGUUCCAGCACAUUCCUCUGUACCUGAAGAAGCCCGAUGAGGAGGACGACUACUUCAACCUGCAGAGGGAGGUCAGACAAGACCUGCUGGAAAGGUUCAAGAAGGCAGGGGUAAAGGCGGUGUUCUCCGGGCACUAUCACCGAAACGCCGGCGGUCGCCACGACGGCCUCGACAUGGUCGUGAGCUCGGCCAUCGGGUGCCAGCUCGGCGAGGACACCCACGGCCUCAGGGUGGUGGUCGUGACCGCCGACGACAUCGUCCACCGCUACCUCAGCCUGGAGCAGCUGAGCGCGCGGGGCGUGGACGACGACCUCCGGAAGCUGCUGCAGGUCUGAAGGCCGGACGACGGAAAACCAGGAAAAGUUGGAGGUUUCUUUUGUGAUUUGUUUUUGUUUUGAUUUUAUAGUUUUGAGCGCCGGUUCUUAGAGGCACACAUGAAGGUUAUUGUGGAAACAAAUCGUUUGAAGAUUUAAAUUGAGGCGUGUGUAUGUUGGAUCAGAAAUAAGACGAUGGCAGCGAGUUUAAAGGGAAACUUCUGGAUCUGAAAUCUCCCGAUCGUCAAAAUCUGCUAAAUAUUCUGCCAUGACAGGGAAAAUACUUCAAAUCACACUGAGGUACAACGCAACAAACUCUCACUCUCGUUUCCAGAGUCAAACUCUCGCGAGAUUUCAGAACGAGACUUGGUUAGACGCAAUAAGAAACAGAUAAAACAGUUUCUCUGUUGUCAGACACUUAAUAACAAUCUGAGCCGUCAGUGGGAAAGAUGGGGAAAUAAAAUAAUAAUAAAAAAUAUCUGAGUUUCCCUUUAAACCAACGAUGAUGCAACUACAUGUUAUAAAAUGUUCAGAAUUACAGCGGAACUGUCCUUUAAUGAUCCUACAAGAUCCAGCUGUUGCAGCUGUUUCUACUCGUUGCAGCUGCCUUGUUAUCCUAUGCAAACCAUUUACAUCACUGUGUGUGUGUGUGUGUGUGUGUGUGUGUGUGUGUGUGUGUGUGUGUGUGUGUGUGUUUUAUGUUAAACGGGGGACGAUGUUUAAGAUGUGGGACUGACCUCUGAUCAGACUUUGAGCUGUGUGUUUAUAGCCCCUAAAAGAUCUUCUAGAUAUUAUUUUAUUACAUGUUGGUUUGAGGGAUUAUUCUAAAUCUGUAUUAAUUAUAAUCAAAAUGAGUUCCGGUUGAUGAAGAAGAAUUUCCACGGGUGACACCAUGUGGGAAUAUUUAAAACUGAUAUACUUUAUUAAAAAUAAAGCUCAAUUUGUCAGAGCUAACCUCCCUGACAAAUACCCCCCCCCCCCCCGUCCUUGGUUUGCCAGUUAUACGGUUUACUGUGAAGCAGCAGCCGUAGGAAAUGUUCACUUUGCAUUAACAAUAACUUAAAUUACAGCACUGCUGAUUUUAAAGCCAGCAGCAGGAAUGUCGGACCCCGCCACUCACAAUGACAUCUGUCACGUAAAGUGAUUCCUGAAUAAUAACACAUUAAAAGGCGAUUGCAACAAAAAAAGACGGGUCCAUAAAUAAUCUAAAAAAUGAUAAUAAUAAAUGAAUAUCUGUUGCAAUAUCCAUGUGGUUUCUUCCAGCUCGCGGUCCUGUUUAUGAACGUGCAGAUCAAACUGAAUGGUUUUCCCUGACUGAUGUUUUGUUGAUGAAAACAUUUCAUCACUGGACCAAAGAUUAAAUCUCUGAUGCAGCGCGUAACGUUUAAAUCACGCCUAAUCACUUUAAUUAGUCGGGAUCCUUGAUGUGAAUGAGGUGUGUUGUUGAAUGCCAAACUAAAAGAGUGGAGUCCGGCUGACGCUGACGGGGUUAAUGGGAUUAAUGGGAUCAGUAUUUCCUGAAUGGGAGAGUUGAGACUCACCGUCCUGAACGUGUCUUUAAAACGGACAUUACUGCAAGAAAACCACUUUCUCUGUGAGCCCUAAAUGACUCUACUCGAUUACACACACACACACACACACACACACACACACACACACACACACACACACACACACACACACAGACUCUCAUAGUUGCCCCUGGCCGACUGAGAAUUUAAGAGUGUUGUCAUGGCAACCUUUUAGUAACACAUCUGUGUGAGUCUGUGUGUGUGUGUGUGUGUGUGUGUGUCCGUGGUCUGUAGGUGAUUUUCCAUCAGCGGUGUGAUCGCUGACCUCAUUUCACACUGAGACGGUUUCUGUCUCUUUUCCAAAAAGUCAGCAUGUGAUGAGGGGGGGGGAGGGGGGGGGGGGGUCUGAGAGGAAUGGAUAAUGAGUGUGAUGUGUGAAAGAAAGACGACUCAGUCCAUCUCCUUCAUUUCCUGUCUUGAGAAGGAACCUUAUGUCCUUAUCUAUUUUUAUAUCCUCACGGUGGCCGAACUCACUCACAUCGUUCUUUAUCUUUCUUUGUGUGUGAAUUUUGUUUUUGCUCCACGAACGCUCUUUGACUUGUUCCCCUGUUGACUUCUAAAGAAUGACAAUACUGGACACCAUGACUGUGACAUGAUCGGUUGUAUUUUUGUAUAAUAAAUGUUGAUUUUAUCUAAUGA